CUAGAGUUAAUUGACUUCUUCGUCAAUACCCUCUGUGCGCUCUUCUGCUCACGCGGUGGUACAGAGAUCCUGCGCAACAUCUGAGGUGCUGGGAGGAUCCAUCUUACGACAAACGCCAAACGCAGCCACAGCUACUUUCGACUAAUUUGCGAUACGUCUCUGGCCAAAGAGGGGCUACAUAGUGCAGGCAACAACUCGUGCGAGCUGGGCUUCAGCCUAGGGUGUGCAGGCAUGGCCAGCGAUCGACGACCACUCAUCAGCGAGUCAUCCGAUUUAUCUGAUACAACCGCGAACAACACACCCGCAUUGCCAUCGCUAGGCUUCGGUCGACAUUCGCAUUCCAUCGGAUUCGAACUUCCGCCCUAUGUAUCACCACCGACGAGCCCGCGACGGCCGGGAUACUCGCGAAUUGCGAGCGACACAACAGCUGUCGAUCGAGGGACACCCAGCAUAGUACACGAGGAAGAUGAAGGAGACAUCGCGGAUAGCUACGUUCAGGUUAGGCGGGGGACAACUGGACUGGGCAUAGCAAACGAAUCUACACAAAGUUCCGCCGUCAACAGUCGAAGAGUGUCGGUACAUUCGCUCUCCAGGGUUCCUGUGGGGUCGAGGAGGGCGUCCAUAAACCCAAUAACGUCCAGAACCCCGGAUACUUUGAGUCCACCAAACACCGGGGACCCUUUAUUCGGCGGGUUUCCCAGGGACUCGCCAGAAACCACACCAGAUCUUAGAAGAGAGCGAUUCAGUCCCCGAGAUACCCCAGGUGGUUCAUAUGAAGAGUUCAGAACAAGCAGGAGUUCGCUACAUGCGAGGGGACUUAGUGGAGGAAAUGAGGACUAUCAGCAGUAUCUACACGAUCAGGAUACCGACCGAUUGAACCCAGGAGCGCCAUCUAUACGAUCUGCAUACGACAAGAAUUUCCGGCCAAGGGAAGAAUGUCCGACCGCAAAAGAUUUCUACAUGUCACGAUUCUCUUGGAUCUCCGUCUGCAUCAUCGUUAUAUGUCUAUUUUCCACCAUCUUUUCCGGCAUCUUCCUUGGAAUAGCAUUGAAGAAGCCACGAUGGGGUCGCACGAUCACGUCAAAGGGGUCAUUCAAGCCAGCCGAUGCGAUCUUACUUACCUCGAUCAUGGCCAAGCUCAUUGAACUGUCUUUUGUAACCUCGUUUGUUGCAUUCUUAGGGCAGGUGCUCAGUCGUCGGGCAUUCAUGAAAGAGCAAGGCCGGGGAGUGACACUCUCAGAAUUGAGUAUGUGGCGGUGGGUGGUGCAACCAGGCACGCUUAUAACGCACUGGGAGACGAUGAAGUACUCUGGGCUUUCUGUCUUGGGUAUUCUUAGCCUUCUCAGCGCUGUCUUGGCCACGUUAUAUACACCAGCGGCCACUGCAUUAGUUCAGCCAGCAUUGAGUAGCGGCAAGCUUGAGUUCAGGACCUUGAAGGGACGAUACCGCGCCGACUUUGCAAACUCCAAAUACAUCUCCAACACCUGUCCUACCCCUAUUCGAUCUGAUCCGGACCACGGGGGCUCUACGUGUCUUCAGAUCGAGCACGCAGGUCAAGGGUACCAUAAUUAUCAACGAUACUUGGCGCACUGGGACUGGGACGUUCGGAAUGGGAACGGAAGUACGGAGCAAGAUAAACGACCUCCUGGCUUCGGUUUGCUCUACGAGAAUACCACUGUCUGGGGGCAAUGGAUCAACAUCAUAGAUACCAAGGAAGAGUCCAGGAAACACAAACGAGCAAUCAACAAUAUUUCGCUAGCGAUGCCGCACGCUGGCGUCUUCGCGGCCGCCCGAGACCAAAGGAAUGACAUCUUACAGCCUGAUGAACUCAAUUCGGAAGGCGUCUACUCCCUACGUGCAUCGGUGCCUUCGCUAGUUAUGAAUGUGCUAUGCGCUAACAUGGAAGCCGACGAGCUGAAACCGAUCAUCUACGAAGAGUGGAAUACGGGCGAGAUCAUCAACACUACUACUUGGCAGCGAGGAAACGUGAUGGAUAAUGCCACUACGAUCAAUACCACAAAGGUCGAUGAUAUUUUCGGAUGGACGAAGAAAGAUAAGAAGGGAAUGACGGACUAUCCACCAGUGUUUCCUAAACUUCCUCAGCCUUUCAACACGGUGUUGAACCAUACUAGCCUCGCAUGGGGCCGGGAGGCAAUAUAUCUUCUCGGCCAGGGCGGUGCAGAUUAUGGAUCUAAUCAUGAAGGAGAGUACGUAUUGUGUAAGAUGCAUGUCUCUGUCACACCUCAUUGCAGCACUCGCUACAACGCAACCGGCUCAGGUGGUUCGAUGGAAGCUCUGUGCGAAGACCCUGAUGAUAAGUUGGCAUAUAUCAGAUCCAACUCUAGUGCUACCAAUGGCGUUCCUGUACCCGAUUGGCGCGACGUCGGAUUCGACUGGGCUAAUUCUAUGUCCUUGGGGACCGGUCUAAUGAACGGUGACGCCAGCAACUCUAGGCUUCUGACCCAACUCAUCCUGAGUAAGGAUGAUAAGGGUGACUAUGACCUUAGUUCAGGCUUGCCUAGUGUGGGAGAGGCACUUGCAGUUAUGUCGGGUUGUACGGUCUUGAAAAGCACUUUGGACGCCCGGCUUUCAGACGGAUGGAAAUUCCCCCGCGCCAUGCUCGAGGAAUAUCAGACCCAAGAGUUUAAUGCAUCCCUUGUCGCGCAACAAUACGCCUCAGGUGGAAACGGUGACGCCUCCCGUGCAUGGAACAUAAUUCUUCUCCUUGUAUUCCUCAUGAAUAUCUUCGUUCUCAUCUACUUCCUCGUCCACCGGGGUCUGGUAACCGACUUCAGCGAGCCCCCAAACCUCUUCGCCCUCGCGGUAAAUUCCCCUCCUUCACAGCUCCUCGCUGGAAGCUGUGGCGGUGGUCCAGAGGGAAAACAAUACUUAGUUAAUUGGUUCGUUAAUACGGAAGGUGACCAUUUGUACAUGGAACCCGGCGAGAAGCCAGUCGUAGGUGCCGCCUACGUCCCGCACGGCCACCGACAUGCUCAUUCCCACCUUCACAUGCACCCACCAGCUCAGACCAGCGACAAGGUCGGGUUCUUCGCCUCUAUAACCGAUAAGAUAAACAAGUUGCGACAAGAAGGGCUACACAUCGGGCCAAGAAAGCAGCAACAACCCCUGAUGCGACCCGCCAGCGUUGUUGUCGAGCCGAAUUAUGAAAUGGAGGAUGGACAUACCCGGACGCAACGAAAUUAUGCGAAGCUGGCGAAGAGGACGAGCAUGCUAUGAUGCUCAUCGACUAAUAUGGUUAUGGAACUAGAAAAUGACUACUUUAUGUAUGUCUUUUCUCUGUAAUGUCUCAAUUAAUAAUCUAAUGAUAUCCUGUUCGGUCUUGUUGAUCGUUCUUUGGGCGGAAUCGCCCGUUUUGACGCUAUUUACAUUUGCUGUUUGAUGUGAUGGAAUUUGAUGUGCGAAGUGAUGCUGCGUUUCUACUCUAGAUGGAUCCUCGCAGAACCUAUAAACGAUGAGUCUAAGAACAACUAGACUUCCGCCUUCUCCCCGGAGAUAUCAAUGAUUGAGAAACCCACGACUACAAUACGAGAGCGAUUAAC